CCUUCCCUCUCUUCUCUUUCUCCCCUCGUCUUCCUCGUCUGGGAGCAUUCAUGUCUGGUUUCAGGAGCUGCUAAAUGUUGAACUUGAUGGGUGUUUUAAACGCCACCGCCGCCAAUGUCUCCUGUACUUGUAACUGCAAGCGGUACACCUCGCUCCAGAGCAUGGAAAUCACCCAGCUGGAGUUCGUCCAGAUCCUGGUGAUCGUGGUGGUGAUGAUGGUGAUGGUGGUGGUCAUCACCUGCCUGCUGAACCACUACCGCCUGUCAGCACGCUCGCUGCUCUCCAGACACGCUCCGGCACGCAGGAGACACCUGCCGCUGGCCAAUGAGGGAAGUCUGUGGUCUUCUGAUGGUACGGGGACAAGCAGUGGUCUCAAUGAGCACCAGGUGUAUAACCCCCGCGCCCCGGACCGAGGGGUCCCCUCCUCCUACCUACAGCGGGAGCCUCAGCACGCCCAGCCGCAGCCUCCUCUGCAGUCCCAGCGCUUCCAGCACACGUACGCCCCGAGUCGCUUCCAGCCGACGUACCCCUACCUGCCCCAGAGCCUCAUCGAUCUACCCCCCACCAUCUCCCUCUCAGACGGGGAGGAGCCCCCGCCGUACCAAGGCCCCUGCACCCUGCAGCUCAGAGACCCGGAGCAACAGAUGGAGCUGAACCGCGAGUCGGUCAGAGCCCCGCCUAACCGAACAGUGUUCGACUCCCUCCCCCUCGACCCCUCCAACUCCUGUCUGCAGGCCAGUUUGCAGGCCCCUCCUCCCAGCGUCCAUCCAGGCAUCAGCGUGUGUGAUAUCUCUGAGCCUGAGAUGAAGAGCCACGCGUCCAUGAACGCUCUCAAAGAGGGAACGCUCUUCCCUCUUUAA